AUGCCGAGCAUGAUCCUUAUCAUGGCCAUGGGCUUCCUGCUCGUUGCGAUCCUUCACGUCUACACUUCCAGGUCAAAGCAAGGGAAGGAGCUCGUGCAGCAGGAAGGAAGCAGUUCUUCCAAGGAGUCUCGUGCCUCUGCUGCUCACCAUGAUGCAAGUCCAUCCCAACGUGCAGAUGGUGGAGAUGGGUCGGUCCCUACCUCGGCCCGAACGCCCUUCUCCACCAGGAAGCCGGGUCCGACUACUUCGAGAAGGACUCACACGCCACUCGGCAGCGCCUUGCAGAAGGAUCGGCAAGAGCUCGACGAAGCUCGAGACGAAACAGGCUUCCUCCAGCAGCUCGUCUCGCAGCUCUUCUUGCUGCUUGCAGCUGACGGUAACAAGGAGAGUUACGGGUUCAGCGUCACAGCUUCCAAGAACCCUCAGAGUAAGGAUCUGCCGAAGAUCGCUCUCAAUCGCUAUGCAGCGCCCUCUAGCAGCGGGACAGACACCUUCUACCUCGAGUCCGUGAACGGGAGAAACAUGGCAGGGAUGACGGCCCAGGAAGUGAAGGACGCAGUCUCGACUAGUCGCUUCAAAGUCAAGCUCGGGCUGAGAAAUCUUGAGAGGCCGGACAAGAAGGGCCCAGGGCUCAAGUGCGUCGAGAACGUCAUCUACUCUUCCAGAGUCCAGCAGCUAAAGAGUUUGAGUCAACGGGUUAUCACUUUCUUGAAGACAGAAAAAAAAGGGAUAUCGGCUGUGCUGGACAUGAUUGAUGACUCUGACAACUUUGAGUGCCCAUGCGGGAAUUCUGCCGAGACUCUGGAAGAUAGUGUCGCGUCGGUCAUCGGGAAAGUGUUCUCGCUGGUGUUGCAGCCCUCGAACAAGCUGUCGAUCAGCAGAGAUCUCUCAAACUCCUUCGAGAAGGAGAACAACUUUUCGGAUGACACCAUGGUUUUGCGCGAGCAGAUAGUCAACAUGCAGAAGCAGCUGCAGGAGGAGAACAAACGAGUUCAUCAACUGCAGAAUCAGCUGCAGUCAGAGAAGAACGCGUGCGAGCACUGGUGUAGUCGGGUGAAGGAGUUGGAGGGGUUGUUGCUGGAGAAGGAACAGCGUCUGGCAAGUGGAGCUCAUCGCAGCAACGACUAUGAGACAGAGAUGGCAAGUUUAAGGGAAAUCUUGAGCGAAAGGCAGCAGAAACUCUAUACAAAGCUCAUGGCGUUCGAGGCGGACCUCGUGGAGAAGACGAAGCAGGAGGAGGCUUUUCCUGAGCGAGUGGAAGAAGUGAUCAAGAUGGUAGACACUGGACAUCUGGAUAGUCAAGCCCACAAGAGCUCGUUGUCGGAGCUGACAGAGGCGAAUAUCCUGCUCGAGGAUCUGAUCUACAGCUGCUUCGAUAGUAUCAGUCGGAAUGAGAGGAGCAAGAGAGAUGAGGUCGAACAAUCUUCGCAAUCAGUGAUUAGCGACGUUCAAGCAAGAUACAACAUCCUCAUGAAGCACAUCAACGAAGAAAGCAUCUCGAGCGCCAUGGAUGGACAGAGACCGAGCCUCAAGACGACGUUUGAUCAAGUGCUCAUCGUCGCUAGGCAUGGAGAAAGAUUGGACACUGUCGACGAAUCCUGGACAGGAGAAAGACCUUACGAUCCGCCAUUGACGAGGUCAGGCGGGAUCUGA